CCACUUUUUUUGGUCACUUUCUUCGACGACAACAAAACAAAUCUGACAGUUGUUGACUCGAAUAAAAUUUGCUGAACGAUUUUACAGAAUUUGUAAUUGGUGAAGCUUUUGAAAGAUUUUGCUUAACAAAAAAUUUUAAAUUUCAAUACAAAGUUCAAAAAGGCAAACGUUUCUAACAAAAGGAAUUUGUUUCAACUUUUAUACCAAAUACGAUUGCUUGAAAUGGCUGGAAAUUUCUGGCAAAGUUCUCACUCGCAACAGUGGAUACUUGAUCGGCAGGACUUGAUACGCGAAAGACAAUAUGAUCUACAAGUGCUCAGUGAGGACGAGUAUCAGAAGAUUUUUAUUUUCUUUGCGAAUGUCAUACAAGUACUGGGUGAACAACUGAAACUUCGGCAACAGGUCAUUGCUACUGCGACUGUUUACUUCAAACGAUUCUACGCUCGAAACUCUCUAAAAAACAUAGAUCCAUUAUUACUUGCUCCUACCUGCAUAUUGCUGGCUUCAAAGGUGGAAGAAUUUGGCGUUAUUUCAAAUUCAAGAUUAAUCACCAUUUGUCAGUCGGUGAUUAAAUCUAAAUUCAGCUACGCCUAUACACAAGAGUUUCCCUAUCGCACAAAUCAUGUUUUAGAGUGCGAAUUCUAUUUGCUUGAAAACUUGGAUUGCUGUUUAAUUGUUUACCAACCUUAUCGCCCUCUACUUCAAUUGGUACAGGAUAUGGGACAAGAGGAACAGUUGCUAACUCUAAGCUGGCGUAUAGUUAACGAUUCUUUGCGGACAGAUGUAUGCUUGCUAUAUCCUCCUUACCAGAUUGCAAUCGCGUGCUUGCAAAUUGCCUGCGUUAUCCUGCAAAAAGAUUCCAUGAAAACAUGGUUUGCCGAACUCAACGUAGAUUUGGAAAAAGUUCAAGAAAUAGUACGAGCAAUUGUAAAUCUUUACGAACUUUGGAAGGAUUGGAAAGAAAAAGAUGAAAUACAAAUGCUAUUGAGUAAAAUUCCAAAGCCAAAACCAGCGCCUCAACGAUAAGUAUUAAGUUUAAAAGUAAUGAAUUACACUCCUAACUUUUUAAAUAUAAUACAUUUAAAUCAUUCGUAUUUCUGUAAGUGAAAAAUGUAUUUUUAUAAUUAUUUAUAUUAAACAUUAAUAUUGGGUAAGAACUCAAACGAAGAUA